AUGUUUUGACAAGGCAACAAAGCGCAGAGACGACAAGUAAAGACAACAUUACACAAUUUAUUGUGUAGGGCAGGGCCGCGACCGUGUUUUGUUAUUAAAAUAUUAAUUUAUAAACUUUUAAAACUUCAACAUGGGAAAUUAUCUCAGCUCAGGAAUGGAGGAAAACUUCAAAAAGAAUCAAGAAUUUAUGCACAGAAUAAAUAUGGAGAGGCAAAUACAACUUCAAUAUCAGAUGCAAGAGCGACAAAUGGCGAUGCAAAUUGCUAGAAGUAGGGACACCUGCCUUUGGUUCACUACAUUUUACGUAGUCGCUGCAGCAGGCCUUGGCAGUGGGUUCAGAAGAACUAAAAGACCGUAUCUUUUGAUACCUUUAGUACCUCUCACAUUUGUGACUCUCUACUAUUGGGAUCUUGCCUAUGGAAACAAAAUACACAGGAUAAGAAUGGAAGCUGAACACAUAAUGACACACGAGCAAGAUUCCCUGGAAUGGCCUUGCGGCCUGCCCACACCUUCGUCAAUUGACCUUGGUCGUUUAGACGUAGAAGAGAAGAAGAAGAUGCAUCCCUCCUUGUUCGCGUAACUUUAUAAAAAGCUCAACAAUAAUGUGUGCCUUUACCGCAACCUAGAUCAGAAUUAGCGGUAGUUUAGACCUUCGUCCACCGCACUUCCAAUGGCAAAAACUAGAAAUUUACAUUAUCCGUUGAUGAAAUUGAAACUUCAGACUAUAUUGUGAGACUCCCAACAAGCAUUCCAGGUCUCGAUCCAUUUAAAAGUUCCUCAUUAUAUUCGCUUUAAUUAUGAAUAUUGUACAGUACACAGGUGACCUAUGUCUAACUAAUGUGUAUAGAGUGACUAAUGUCAUGAGGCCUAACAAACUUUUCUCUCUAAGGACACAUUAUGGUAACUAAACUUGUGUUUUAAAGUAGAGUAGGGUGUUGCAUAAGUUAUAGUACCUAUUCUCAUUGGAAUCAAUGUCAAGCUGUUCCUGACAAAGAGUUGUUAAAUUUUAGCAGCUAUAAAGAGCACUCUAAGUAUUUUUCAAUACGACUUGCUGUUUAAAGUAAUGUUUUCGCCAAUGGAAAUUGCGGUCUUAGUAACAGCUAGAUUUUAGAGGCACGAACUAAUAAUUAAGAGGUAGUUUCAUUGAAAAAUUCGUAUUUCGAUCAAGUAUUAUGGCUUUUUCUCCUUUUUAAAGCCGUUAUUAUCGAAUCUGAUAACGUUUUUACAUGUCAUCGUGACUAUGAUUAUACGAUUUAACGAAGGCCACGAUGGAGUAUUUUAUGGCAAAAAAAGAUUGAAUUAAAUGGGUGUGUGUACUUAGUGUACGGUUUCCUGGUAACCGUUUGGCUUUAAUGCUAUUUAUUGAGAUAAAUCGAAAACAAAAUUUGAUCCCCCAAUAUUGGUUCAAUAUUUAAUUGGUCUCUUAAAAUUGGGUUUGAAAUUAAUGUACUUAUUAGCCGCCUAACAAUGAUUAAGAAUUUAUCUGCGUUUGCAAGGGCUUGCAAUUUAAAAGUCAACUUUGGUUUUUGAAUGUGUGUGAUUGUGUAACAUUAGGAAAAUUUUAGGAUAUACUUAUUUUAUGUUGAGUUUGGGACGAAUAUGCAAUAGUGGAACGAUUUUUUUAUUUCCUGUGGUGUACAUAGGGGGUGCUGCUUUCAAAGUACGAGAAUAUUAGUACUUUAACAUAACUAAGCCGCUGAAACAUUAUUUUGUAUAUUUUUGGUAGAAUUAAUAUAUCUCAGGUUAAUAUUUUGUUAAAUAAUUUUAUUUGUUGUUAUAUUAUACAUAAGUAUAUACUUUAUUUUGUUUGUUAUUUACAUCGUAGUAUAAUAUAUUUAUAUUUGUUUAUCGUAGGAGAUAAAUACUUAUCAAUUCAAUAAUGCCAACCAUGCAUGCACCUUUUAUCUACAAGUGUAUCAGAAAAUACUUAUCCUAAACAUGAUAAUAUUAAUAAUAUUCGUGUUUCAAGUCUUUCCAUUAAUACUCUAUGAAACUAUAAUUCGUGUUAUAUUAUGAAGUUUAUGCAUUUAUUAAAUAACCGUCUAAGGUGAAAUAUUUAAGUAUUACGAGACAAAUAUUAGAUGUAAUCUUCACAAUUUUAGCGUGUUACUUAUCAGAUUGACUGUAAUAUUAAUGUUAAUUAAAUAAAGAUUUU